GGGUCUCCAAAAAAUAAAGUCUGAAAAUGAAAAUAAAAUUAAAAGUUUAAAACAAGAAAUUCAACAAUUAAAAACUGGAAGUGAUCGGCCUGGACAAGUGGAGGAAUUGACUGAAGCAAGGAAUGAGAUCCGUGAGUUGGAAGAUAAAUGUGGUACUUUAUUCAAACGUUGUGAAAAAAUGAGAGAACAUUGUAGUGAAAAUGAAUUAAAAAAUAAUCUUGCUGAGGAAGCUACAAAAUAUGAAGAAUUGAGAGAAACUGCUGAUUCUCAAUUAAAUCAAGCAAAUCUAGAAAUUCAAAAAAUUAAAAAAGAACACGAAGAAAAUACUUUAGGGCUUAAAUAUCGUUUAAAAAUGAAGGAAACACAAAUACAAACUUUGAAUUCGACAAUUCAAGGAAAGGUUAAGAAAAUUUGUAAUUAA